CCAUCUGCUCCACAGCCCGUCUCUGCCCUUUGCCUUCCCUCUGCUCCCCCCUCUACUCGUCUUCUUCGCCGCCAACAUGAACAUGGACAUGGCUCUCGAUGAUAUUAUCACCAAGGCAAAGCACGUCAGAAAGGACCGCAGAACCAGCGGCGGUCCUACCCGCAACAGCCGCCCUCGACCCCACAGCAGCCCCAACCAGCCCUCGCGAACGGCUGCCGCCUCUGCCGCCGCUCCUGUCGUCACCUCCGAGCACCAAAAGAUCAACGUUUCCAACCUUGCCUACAGUGUCAGCCAGAAGGACGUCGUCGACCUCUUCACCCAGAUUGGCCCCGUCAAGGUCGCCACCCUGAACUAUGAUGCUACCGGCAAGUCCAAGGGCACCGCUACCGUCGUCUUCCACCGCAAGGGUGAUGCCGCCAGAGCCGUCAAGGAAUACCACAACCGCACUCUGGACGAAAGACCGAUGAAGAUCGAGCUGGUCGUUGGCGUCGACUCUGUUGCCUCUGCUGCCCCUACUCGCAACACCCCUAACAUCCGCAACGUGCAGCGAAGUGGAAUCCGAAAGAGCAACAACAGCGGCCCUGCUCGCGGUGGCCGCAGCCGACAGCCGGCCCGUGAGAAGCGACCCGCCAAGUCCCAGGCGGAUCUCGACGCCGAUAUGGACUCGUACAUGAAGGACUCGACUGCUUAAUCCGAUAAGCUUCCCUCUCCGCGACGGCUCUCCAUCAGCUUCAGCCGCUCGCUCCAGCCAAGCUGCUACGAUGGACUGCCGCCUUCCCCUUCCAUCAUAUGCUGCCAUAAUUACUUGUCCUCUUUCCCUGCAGUCUGUCCCGAGACUCUGAUUUUGUUACUCCUGGCCUGCCUCUGCGCCUCCCCGAAUGCCGAGCACAGCGGGGGCGGCUCGUUUUGGGUUGGCCUUCCUGAUGUAUAGUUUGUUCUGAAUGAAACACGAAAGAAACACCCCAUGAGAACGGGAUGCUG